AUGGCUCCAAAGCGUGCUGAGAAGGUGGUGGUUAAAUCCACCAAGAAAGUUGUGGAAUCAAGUGUACAAGUUUCUGUUGUGGGUAGUAACAGCCAAAGAUUAACACGAGGCAACAAAGUAACUCAAAGAGAAGAAGAAGUAGGUGGUGUGAGGAUCAUUCCCAUACAAGAAGUGACUCCUAAUACCCAAAAGGAUUCAAAUGCCACAACUGAAACCAAAGCUGAGCAAGAAAACACUCAAAAUGGUGUAGUCCAAAAUCAAAAGGAAGAGCAAAAGAGAGACAAUGAGGAAGUACUCAAAGAGCAACAUGCUGAUAAAGAGCAAGUAAAGAAGGGCAAGACUCAAAAAGGGCAUAAUGGUAAAGAGAAAAAGAGGAGAAAAAGAGGGAGAAGAAGAGAAGGGUACCAGAGGUAUGUGUACAAAGUGUUGAAGCAAGUGCACCCUGAAAUGGGAAUUUCUUCAAAAUGCAUGACUAUUUUGAAUAACUUGAUGAAUGACAUGUUUGAAAGGAUUGCUUAUGAGGCUGCAAAACUAAAGGACUACACAGGGCAUAUGACAUUGUCUUCAAGGGAGAUUCAAGGAGCAGUGAAGUUGGUUUUGCCAGGAGAGCUUGGGAAACAUGCCAUUGCUGAAGGUGUCAAAGCUGUGAUCACCUACACCUCCCAUGCAUGA